GACCGAACCACUUUGUGGUCAAAUCGAACGGUGACUCGAAGUCGAUGAUACACCGCCGCUUAGAGCCGUCGCCGUAAUACCAACUUGCGGUGAAGAAGGGAGAUGGGAAGGACAAUGGAAUGGGCAGCCAAAGCGAAUCACAUGGGAGGAAUACCAAGAAAGAUGGUGUUCACGGCGGUCGGGGCAUUCGCCAAGGCGGUAGCCACCCUUAUUAACACCACCUCCGUCCAUAAUGCCGAUACCCUCCUUAGUCUCGUCCGCUCUCGACCCCCCGGCAUACCGCUUAUCACGGUUAGCAAUCACAUGUCCACCUUGGAUGAUCCACUUAUGUGGGGAUUCAAGGGCUUCCCCUCCUCGGAUGCUAAAUUGGGUCGAUGGGUGCUUGCUGCAGAGGACAUAUGUUUCAAAAAUGCUGUCUUUUCUUAUUUUUUCCGACUUGGGAAGUGUAUACCUAUUACAAGGGGUGCUGGGAUUUAUCAAGAACAGAUGAACGAAGCUAUUGAGCGCUUAAGUGAUGGAGCCUGGCUACAUACAUUUCCUGAGGGUAAGGUAUCCCAAGAAGAUGCGCCUAUUAGAAGAUUAAAAUGGGGAACUGCUAGUCUUAUUGUUCGUGCUCCUGCAACGCCAAUUGUUCUUCCCAUCUAUCAUCGUGGUUUUGAAGAGGUGAUGCCAGAAAAGUCUUUCCUUGGCAGAAGGCCUCCUCUUCCAUUAUGGAAUAAGAACAUAAAGAUCAUAGUCGGUGAACCAUUGGAAUUUGAUCUUCCUAAAAUGAUGCAGAUGGCAAUUUUAAUGUCUCAUGAUAAAUCACCACCACCUUUAAUAGGAUGGCCCACUAUCUCCCAACAUAGUCUAGAUGAAGCAGCACAGAGAUGUCUCUAUACAACCAUUUCAGAGCGAAUACAGACUGCAAUGGAGAGCUUGAGAAGUUUUGGCAAAAGUUUACUGAAGUAGAAGAUUUUUAACUCACAAAUGUUUCUCUCUUUUUCUGUUCUUUUUGAUAGAUCAAAAAAUUUUGGGAAAAAAAUUCUUGAUAUAUCCCCAUUUCAUUAAUUUAUACUCCCAUGAUUGGCCAACAACCAGGCAUCCUGUUUUGCACUAAGGUGAAAAACUUUCCUAGAAGCCAUAUGCUCAAUUUAUGAUUUUGGAAACAUAUUCCAAGAUGGAAAUCAGUGAAUGGAUGUAUUUGGAUUCUUGCUCCAUAGAUUUUUCUUUUUCUUUUCUUUUCUUUUUUACGUUGGAUCUGCGCCGGACGAAACGAAAGCGUGGAAGGAGAUAAAUGUUAAGUGAAGCAUCAUCUUGUCCAUUUAUUACACUCUCGUGACUCUUGCCAUACCUUUCUUUUUCACUCUGUCUCCGUUACUCCUCCCCCCACGCACGAACGUCUCCUCUCUCUCGCCGCCGGAUUUCAGCUAGAUCUCCGAAUCUCCUCACUCGUCUGUCUCCGGUGCAGCCUCCAUUGCAAUCGGAAGUAGCUGUUCCUUAUUAUCAGAGGCGGCGGUGGCGAAGGGAGGAGCUGGAAUUGGAGCUGAUGCACUUGAUUGAGUAGCUUAAAGUAGCGGAGCAGCCUUGGUUUCUUUGAAGUCAGCCAUGUCUCAGAGUAUGAGAAGAAACAGGCCUUCCUUUGGCUCAAGCAAUGGAAAUGAAGAAAC